AUGCCAGAUAAAUUUGAAGAUUAUAGAAAACAAUUUGGUCCAAUAUUUACAAUUUAUCUUCCAUAUCCAGUUGUUGUUUUAUGUGAUUAUGAUUCAUUUAAAGAAGCACUUGUUAAAAAUUCAAUGACAUUUAGUGGAAGAGCAAAAAGAUAUCCUGAAUCAUUUGUUCACCCUGAAACUGGUAGAGGAAUUGUAUUUGCUGAUGGUCCAUAUUGGAAAGAACAAAGAAAAGUUUGUCUUCAAAUAUUUCGUAAUUUUGGUAUUGGGAGAAGUAUAAUGGAAUCCAAAAUUAUGGAAUAUGUUUUUGAAACAUUAAAUUAUGUUGAAGAUAAAAGAAAAGAAGGACCACUUGAAUUUACUUGGAUAUUUAGGGCAUGUUUUGCUAAUGUUAUGACUGAAUUAUUAUUUGGUAUACGAAGAUCACUUGAUGAUAAUCAAGAACUUAAAUUUAUAAUGGAACCACUUGAAAAAUUAUUUCAAUUAGGUAGAUCAAAUAUUACUUUAUUUUAUCAUUUUUUUAAUGAUUAUCCAUGGAUAAUUAAAAUAUUAAAAAAAAUUAAUAAUGUUGGAAGAGAUCAAUUAGAUGUUGCUUUUGCUCAUAUUCGUAAUGUUAUAAUUGAAUCUAAAUCAACAUGGAUAAAAGGAAAAGAACCAACAAAUUUUGUACAUGCAUAUAUGGAAAAAACUGAUUCUAGUGAUGAAUAUGUAAAUGAAGCUGAAAUGCCUUAUGUAAUUCAUGAUGUUUGGGUUGCUGGUAUGGAAACAACAGCAACAGCAUUAAAUUGGUCAAUGAAUAUUUUAGGAUCAUUUCCAGAUAAACAAGAAAAAAUAAGAAAAGAAAUUCAUGAAGUUAUUGGAUAUGAUAUUGAUAUAAAUUAUGAUGAUAAAAAUAGACUUCCAUAUUGUCUUGCUGCUGUAUAUGAAAUUUUAAGAUUUUCAAAUAUAAUACCACAUAAUGUAACUCAUAGAACAGAAAAUAAUGUAACAAUUGGAGGAAAAUUUAUACCAGGAAAUACAAUAAUAUUUGCACAACAAUAUAAUAUAUUGAAAUAUGAUCCAAUAUUUUGUGAUAGUGAUAACUUUUUACCUGAAAGAUUUUUAAUGGAAGAUGAAAAAACAUUUAAAAAAGAAGCUAUUGAUAGAAUGUUAAUAUUUAGUGCUGGUUCACGUAAAUGUAUUGGUGAAAAUAUGGCUAUGAUGCAAAUGUUUUUAUUUUUAACUAAUAUAUUAUCUAGAUAUAUAAUAAAAGUUCCAAAAAAUAGUUCAAUGCCAUUACUUAAAGGUAAAUGGGCAGGAAUUAUUAAAGCUCCUCCAUUUUCAUUUGAUGUUAUUAAAGUUACAAAUAAAUAA